AUGAGAGAUAUGUGUGUCAGUGAUAUCUAUAAUCCCCGUGCUAUGUGCAUUGCAAUUGAAGCUUACGUUAAAGAAUGUGCAGAUAACAAUGUCGUUAUUGAUUGGCGAGCCAAUACUACUUUGACCCGCGCAUGUCGUAAAAAAUGUGUUGAUGCAACUUGGAUAGAUUUAAGACAAAAUAAUAAUUGUCCAGCAACCUGCUGGGCUUCAGGAGACCCACAUUAUAGUACUUUUGAUGGCAUUCACUAUUCUUUUGAGGGAGAUUGUGAAUACACUUUGUCAGAGGCAACUGAUGGCACAUUUGCUAUUACUGUUCGAAAUAUCAAAUGCGGUUUUCCUGCUGUAACUUGUACCAAAGAUGUCAACGUUCACCUCAUGGGGCAUACUAUCCAUUUUUUGAUGGAUAACAUUCCAACUAUUGAUGGACUUCAAAUUUCUGAUCGGGGCAUGACAGCCACAGGAUUUUCCAUCAAGAAAACUGAUUUCUUUUAUUCCCUUUUCACAAAUAUUGGUCUAACUAUUCAGUGGGAUAAAGAGCGAGUACCUUCUGCCUUCGCUAACAGCUGGAAGGUUUAUAACUGUCCCUUGGUUCCUCAAGAUAAACCUGAAAAUAGUAUACAUCCAUGCACUUACAACUCUGUCAGAAAACAGUGGGCAAUGGAAAGUUGUGGUGUCAUCAAAUCAGGACCAUUAUUUGCACUUUGCCGUAAUGUACUUCCAGAUAAUAUUGUAUUAGAAUAUUAUGAAGAUUGUUUGUUUGAUGCUUGUGGUAAUGACUACACCUCAUAUCACAACAUAUGUUACCUCAACUCUUACUCCAAGUGGCAUGACUACAACAGUUUUACCCCAAACAUCGACACCUGUUACUUUCUUUACAACACCAUCUAUACUAAGUAA